CUUUGUCCAAGACUUGGACACUUUAUAAACCCAAACAGCUCGAUAAACCAGACUACAAAAUUGCCGGAUACGUUAUCCAUCGAGGAAGGUACAUCACAUCAAGUAACCCCGCCAGACACCCCACCAUCACCCUUCAACCACAUCAAUCAUCAACACAACAUUCACAAUGGCUCCUAACGUCCCCAAAUCUGGCAUCUGGGUGCCUGCCGUAACAUUCUUCAAUCCCAAAACCGGCCGUCUGGACCUCCAAGCUCAGAAGAAGUAUUUCACCUACCUCAAAUCCACCGGUCUUGCAGGCAUCGUAGUUCUGGGAUCCAACGCCGAAGCCCUACUCCUUACCCGCGAUGAACGCAUUGCCAUCACAGUAGCCGCGCGACAAGCCGUUGGCCCAGACUACCCUUUGAUGGUUGGUGUCUCCGGGUUCUCGGUCAUCCAAGUCCAGGAGUACAUCGACGAUGCAAAGAAGGCAGGCGCUGACUAUGCGCUGUUACUGCCCUCAGCUUACUACGGUCCUGCGACAACGAAGGAGGUAGUGUACGGAUUUUACGACGAGGUUGCGAAAACAACUCCCUUGCCCAUCGUGAUCUACAACUUCCCAGGCGUAGCCAACGGCAUCGAUCUCGAUAGCGUCACCAUCUCUUCGCUAGCAAAUGCGAAUCCCGGAAAGAUUGUUGGCGUUAAGUUGACAUGCGGAAGCGUAGCCAAGAUCACUCGUCUAUCCGCUGAGUUCUCAUCUGAAGAGUUCGCAACAUUCGCCGGACAAGCAGACUUCCUGAUCGGCGGCCUGGCCGUUGGCGCAGCAGGAUGCGUGACAGGCUUCGGCAACAUCUUCCCCAAGACAGUCGUGCAGAUUUACAACCUCUACCAAGAGGGCAAGCACAAGGAGGCGCUGGACUUGCACAGGAAGGCUGCGCUGGCGGAGAGUCCGGUCAAAGCCGGUAUCGCGAGUGUGAAGUACGCUGUUAGUCAGUACAGUGCUGUUGCUGCGGGGAUUGAGGAUGCAGAGGCCAAGUUGGCGCCGAGGAAACCGUAUGUACCGGUCAACGAGGCGGCGAAGACGAAUAUCAAGAAGAUGAUGGAGGCCGUAGCAGGAAUUGAGGACAGCCUUUGAGCAAGUGCAACUUGUGACAAACUAUAAUCUUGAUGGGUCUCCUACAUUCUGUAACAUAAGAUACGAACUCAG